AUGGAUCUUUUUAAUUGUCAGUAUUGUUCCAUAUCACCGUUCGACUAUAUUUUAGAUUAUCUAUAUGGUGACACGUCGUCAAAAAAAGAAGAGAAAAAAAAAAAAUCCAACAUUACUUACGAUGAUAGUAGCAGUAAUAAUGUGUCUCAAGUAGUAUCAAAAAUUGAUGAAGAAAUAGAAAAAAGAACAACCAAUGAAAUAUUACUUCUAUGUAGAGCAUGGGAAAAUUAUGUACAUCCAAGAGCAAAAGAAUAUUGGAAAGAUUCCCAACAACUUCAAAAUAUAUUAUGUAAAAUUGCUAAUGGUAUAACAAAAAAUGAUGACCCAAUUUUGGGCGAUGAUUAUGCGUGUGUAUUUUGGUAUGGAGAUAAAAAUAAAAAUGAUAACUGUCCGAUCAUAUCAGUAAAAAAAGGAAAUGAUAAUAUAGAGACUAUAACAUAUGUGAACAGAGUUCUUAUAUUCUUAUAUGCAGACGAAGCAAGUUUUCAAGAAUUACAAAAAAAACCCAAAAAAGCAUUUACCAUGGCUUGUGGAAAUACCAACUGUAUUAAUUUAACACACAUUUCUUUAGAUGAUUAA